UCGCCGAUAGGCACUCCAUAAUACGCGUUCGUUCCCAAGUCGCUUUCAGGGAGGGAGAAGAGCACAACAAUGUCGUGGCUCGCGAGGUCUCUCACCAACUCCCUGAGGCCCGACCUCCGCCGCGGCGGCGGAAGCGGCGGCGAUGAGGACGGUGGAGACGCCGGCGAGGGCGGAGCGGUGAAGAUGGGAGAAGACAGAAGAGGAGAACAAGACCCUCCGAUCGAUCCAGAAACUCGUAGCCGAGGCGUCAAAGAGGAUCUCUCGGAGCUCAGCAAAACCCUAAGUCGUCAAUUCUGGGGCGUCGCCAACUUCCUCGCCCCUCCCCCCCACAACCCCUCCUCCGACGGGUCCUCCACGUCCGAUGGCGAUCGCCAGUCCGAUCCGGCGGCCUCCGAGGGUGUGGAUCUGUCGGAGGUCGCAGAUUCUCCGGCGAUCGUGGGAAUCCGGAGUGAUUUCGCCGAGAUCGGAGGGAGAUUCAGGUCCGGAAUAUCAAGGAUCUCCGGCCACAAGGCGGUGACGGAGAUCUCCAAGAUUGCCUCCACCUUUCUUCCAUUCGGAUCCGAGGAGAUCGAGGAGUCUGAGGGGAGGUUUGGCGGGGAUGCGGUUGGUGUUACGGAGGAGGUGUUGGCGUUUGCGAGGAACAUCUCGAUGCAUCCGGAGACAUGGCUGGAUUUCCCAUUGUUGGCUGACGACGAAGAUUCUGAUGGUUUGUCUUCUUCUCUUGUCCCCUUCUCCACUGAUUUUGAUAUGUCUAAUGUCCAACAAGAGCAUGCACUGGCUGUUGAACGCCUUGCACCAAGAUUAGCAGCUUUGAGGAUUGAACUCUGCCCAACCCAUAUGAGUGAAGGGUGCUUUUGGAAAAUUUAUUUCGUGCUUCUGCAUCCCAGACUCAAUAAGCAUGAUGCUGAGCUUUUGUCAACACCUCAAAUUGUGGAAGCCAGGGCAAUGUUGUUACAGAGGUUGCAGAGUCGGGCAAAGCCAGCAGCAGAGAAACCUAGAGUAGAUGUAUCAUAUAGGAAAGGAGAUGAUACCUCAGUUCCACCCAAGGAGCAGUUCACAGGAUCAAGAGAUAUCUAUGAAACAACACCACCAAGGACUCGAGAAGGUGGAACUUCUGUCCCAUUUGCAGAUUUCGAGACCGAAAAGCAUCCUAUUCUAACAACCGAUACAACAUUUAUCGACAAGUCUGUAAUUGAGGAACAGCCGCUCGUCCAACUACAUAAAGAUCUUAGUGAUACCUCAAAAAUCUCCAUUCCUAAAUUCGAUGAGGAGGGUGAUGACUGGUUGGAAGAUGAUUCAGGAGAAAUGGGUGUUCCAGGAAGCAGCGCCAUUCCUUUUGAAAAUGACGAGGAUGUGUCCUUUAGCGACCUAGAGGAGGAAGAUGAUGGAAAUGUGCCUGCAAGCUCCAAAACAGAGUCCAAGACAAUCAACUCAGCGCAACCAAAAGAUAAAGCAGUGUUGGUCGACAAGAGCUCAGGGGGCUCGGCAACGGAUGGAAAUUCUGUCAUCCGGCAGACUAACGAGGAAUCAAAUGAUUGGCCAGGUGUUGAUGAUAUUUGAUUGCGUCCAGUAUCAUAUAUAUAUGUCGUCAGUCUUAAACCACUGGUUUUAUUUGUGCCAUUCGCAUGCAGCUGAUGUUCUGUACAUGAAGGUUGUUCAUUACUUCCACAUGUUUCCAUGUGGAAUAUGGAAUAAUGUAAAUAAAUCUAUGAAUGCCUCCCUUGCAGAAUUGCUCAAGUUUGCCUUUGGUUUAUUUAUUAUUA